AUGUCCUCGCUUUGUAAGCCCCUUGUCAAUGUUGGUACGAUUGGUCAUGCUGAUCAUGGCAAGACCACCCUGACGGCUGCCAUCACCGCCAGAUUCAGCUCGGCCUACGACCAUGUUGACAACGCGUCCAAGGAUAAGGUCCAUGGUUUGACCGCCCACGUCGGGUACGAGACCCAGGCUCGCCACUAUGCGCACGUCGACUGGCCUGGUCACGCUGAUUAUAUCAAGGACAUGUUCGGCGGCACAGUGCAGUUGGACGGCGCGAUUCUGGUCGUAUCGGCUGCGGAUGGCCUGAUGCCGCAGACGCGCGAGCAGAUUCUGGUAGCGCGGCAAGCGCGUGUGCCGUACAUCGUUGUGUUCCUAAACAAGUGCGAUAUGGUGGACGACGAGGAUCAGGUCGAGGUGGUGGAAAUGGAAGUACGUGAGCUACUGAGCAGUUACGGCUUUCCGGGCGACGACACGCCGAUCAUCAAGGGAUCAGCGCAACAGGCGCUGAAAGGGGGCUUGGAUGAGAGCAAGCUGGGCGAGCGCGCGAUCAUACGCCUGGUGGAGGCGUUGGACGCGUACAUCCCAACACCAGUACGUGCGGUGGAUCGCCCGUUCUUGAUGCCGGUGGAAGAGGUGUUCUCGCUCCCGGGUCGCGGCGUAAUGGCCCACGGCCGUGUGGAGCGUGGCGUGAUCCGGGUCGGCGACGAAGUUGAGCUCGUGGGUACCCUCGCGGCGAUUCGGACGACGUGCAGGGGCGUGGAGAUGUUCCGCAAGUCCCUGCCCGAAGGCUCGGCAGGGCACACCGUGGGUAUCGCGCUGCGUGGCAUCAGGCGUGAGAAUGUGGAGCGCGGUCAAGUGCUGGCCAUGCCGGGCCAGGUCAGAAUGUAUACGAAUUUCACAGCGGUAGUGUACGUGCUGGGCAAGGAAGAGGGCGGUCGCCAUACGCCGUUCUUCAACGACUACCAUGCGCAGUUCUUCAUCCGCACGACCGAGGUGACGGGCUCGAUCACGUUGCCGAAGGACAGGGAAAUGGUGAUGCCGGGCGAUAGCCUGUCAAUCACGGUCAAGCUGAUCGCACCUAUCGCGAUGGAAGAAGGCCUGCGCUUCGCCAUCCGUGAGGGUGGGAGCCCAGUCGCUGGCGGCAUCAUUACCUCAACCCUCGAGUAA